AUGCCUUUGGGACACUUAGCCAAAGAGGCCAGCCUAGAAGACCUUCUUGAAGCCUGCAUUCAGUCUUUCGAUGCAGAAGGAAAAGUAUGUCAAAACAGCCAGCUGCUACAAGUAAUGCUGACUAUGCACCGAUUUAUCAUCCCUUCCACAGACAUGCUUCAAAAACUAAUUGAUCUCUAUCUGGAUGCUUUAGAAAAGAAAUCUUCUGUGUUUUCUGUAAAGAUAUGCUAUUUUGUAAGGUAUUGGAUUACAGAGUUCUGGGUCAUGUUCAAAAUGGAUUCUAAACUAACUAAAACUGUGGAGGAGUUGCAGGAACUGGCGAGAGCUAAUGGUGAGGUGUUCCACUGUCGUCUACUUGACACAACUCAAAUAAAUUCUCGGGAUUGGUCCCGGAAGCUGACACAGCGGGUAAAGCCCAACACCAGCAAGAAACGGAAAGUCUCUCUCCUUUUUGAUCAUCUAGAGCCAGAAGAAUUGUCAGACCACCUCACCUACCUUGAAUUUAAGUCUUUCCGAAGAAUAUCAUUUUCAGAUUAUCAGAACUACAUUGUGAAUAGCUGUGUGAAGGAGAAUCCAACAAUGGAAAGAUCUAUUGCUCUUUGCAAUGGUAUCUCCCAGUGGGUACAACUAAUGGUUCUUAGUAGGCCAACACCUCAACUUCGGGCUGAAGUGUUCAUCAAGUUCAUUCAUGUUGCACAGAAGCUUCACCAGCUGCAAAAUUUCAACACAUUAAUGGCAGUAAUUGGAGGUCUCUGUCACAGCUCCAUCUCCAGACUCAAGGAAACAAGUUCUUAUGUUCCUCAUGAAGUCAAUAAGGUGUUUAAUGAACUGACCGAACUGCUUUCAUCUUAUAGGAACUAUGACAACUAUCGACGUGCCUAUAACGAGUGCACUAACUUUAAGAUUCCAAUUCUUGGGGUCCACUUGAAAGACCUGAUCUCCCUCUAUGAGGCCAUGCCAAACUACUUAGAGGACAAAAAAAUUAAUAUACAUAAACUGUAUUCUUUAUAUAAUCAUAUAAAUGAGCUGAUACAACUCCAAGAGAUGGCACCUCCCCUAGAAGCUAAUAAGGACCUUGUUCAUCUGCUCACGCUGUCCCUCGAUCUUUACUACACAGAAGAUGAAAUUUAUGAGCUUUCAUAUGCUCGAGAGCCAAGAAGUCACCGAGCUGCACCUUUGACACCUUCCAAACCACCAGUAGUUGCGGACUGGGCCUCAGGUGUUGCUCCAAAACCCGAUCCAAAGACCAUCAGCAAGCAUGUUCAGAGAAUGGUGGAUUCUGUCUUCAAAAAUUAUGACCAUGAUCAGGAUGGAUACAUUUCUCAAGAAGAGUUUGAAAAGAUUGCAGCAAGCUUUCCGUUCUCAUUUUGCGUAAUGGACAAAGACAGGGAAGGUCUGAUUAGCAGGGAAGAAAUAACAGCUUACUUUAUGAGGGCCAGCUCCAUCUAUUCUAAAUUAGGUCUUGGCUUUGCUCACAACUUCCAAGAAACCACUUACUUAAAGCCUACGUUUUGCGACAACUGUGCUGGAUUUCUAUGGGGAGUCAUUAAACAAGGAUAUAGGUGCAAAGACUGUGGAAUGAAUUGUCAUAAGCAAUGCAGAGACCUGGUUGUAUUUGAAUGCAAGAAAAGGUCCAGAAGUAUGUCUUCAGAUAACAGCCCAACUUCUGCGCUUGCUUCUAGCCUCUGCCCCAUAGGGGUCAAAGAACAGUUCCAUGGGCAGGAGGAAGGACCAUUUUCAUUUCCUAAUGGAGAAGUGCAUGAACACAAUGAAGACAGUAAGGAUCGAACAAUUAUGCUUAUGGGUGUCUCAGCACAAAAAAUCUCAGUAAGACUGAAACCAGCAGUAGUUCAUAAAGGCACACAAACUGAGGCAGCAUUAACGACAAGUGAUGUACCCUUUUGGCUGAUGGAGAAGAAGGAGCAUAGGACACCAUCAGAAAAUUUUUAUCUACAGCCUGCCCCACCAUCACCAUCACCAUGGCCAAGCCCAAUUUUAAGCCGCAAAAAAGGUUAUGUGAAAUGGGAUAACAAAGAAUCCAGCCAGAAAAUAAAAGAAGAGUGGCGCAUUUGCAAACCUUCGUACCAGGAACUUGAACAGUAUUCUUGUGACUUAGUGAGGAAACUGAGGGUCAGCUGCACGACUCUAUGCCCUGGAUGUAGGGAAAGGUGAGUAUUUUGUGAAAAGUACCAAUUUUACUUUGUGAGUACUUUGUGAAAAGUACCGGCCAGAUUUGGAUGCCCUGAAAAAUACAUCAAGGUCCUAAGGCUUGUCCCUGACCAGAUGAAUGAAACCAUCCUUUGUAGCAGAUCAGAGACAGAUCUAUUUGUCAUCAAAAUGGGUCAAGCAAGGAUGUAUCAUCACUCCAAUUCUGUUAUUCAUUUUUUGACUGUCAUCCUGGUUCCUGUUAGGGACCACAUCCUUUCCAGAAUGGACACUGAAAAGCCUUCCAUUCACUUGGUAUUCAAUCUGGGUUGUUUUCUUUUGAAGACCAAAGUAUUCAAAACAACCAGCCUUGGCCUUCAGUAUGCCGACAACUGCAUCAUCCCUGCACACACUCAGGAAAACCUCUAGAUGAUGCGGGAUCUCUUUGCAGAAACCUACUGUGCCUGCCUGGCCUCGAACAUCCGGUCACGUGCGGCUUUGGUCCGAAUGUUCGAUGGUGUCCGCCUUGUCACCCCGGGUGGUCCGUCGAGUUGGUGUCCGCUUCCGAUGUGGUCCUCCGAGUCUCGCCUGCCAUGACUUUGAAUCUUAUUUCAGUGGAGGGUCAGACCAUUCGGAUUCCCCCGGGGGCGGAAUGUCUCUGGCGUUCUUCUGCGAGGCUCCACCUCCCCUCUACCUUGCCCUUAUACCCAGCCUUGGCAGGUCACUGCUGUCCUUGUGGCCAUAUUCCCGAGCGCUGAGUCCCUAAUUCCUUAUAGUAGGGGUGAAUCCCCGCCCCACCCUUUUGAAGGUGUUGGCAGCCUAUGGCAUCCUCCCUGGUCUCUGAGGCUGCAGCCUUUCCUUAAUGCUAACCCCGAUCCUGAGGCUUACGAAACAAUCAGGCUCCCCGAGCCCUGACACGCAACCCCUCCAAAAGUGGGAAACACAAAAUGCAAAAAAAACCCCUUUUGACACUGUCUAAGGGACCCAACUGCCCCCACGCCAGGCCCCCUAGGCCUAAUCGCACCCCCUGACUCUUAUGGGGCCAUGCUAGGCCCUAUACAUGGCCAUGAGAUCCUGUGGUCUCCACCACCCAUCCUCUCCUGCGGUGCCCUGCCUUCUAUAUCUUCAGGCCCCCUGGGACCCUACAGUGGAUACGUGUCCUCCCGUCACCUGCGGGAUUGGCGAUACGCCCCCAAGGUCCGAGCUUCGCAGUGUCUUGUGCUGCCCUGGCCUCUCGUCUUCCACCUGGUGCACCUCUCCUGCUGCCUCGGUGCCCUCCAUGGUCCCACCUGGUCUGGUGCCGGGUAGUGGGCCAGCACCUUCAAGCCUUCUGCAGCAGCCACUGGACUCGGGGUCCCUCCGUGCCCCUCCACCCUUUCUCCAGACUUCCGGACGGGAGCAACCGCUUCUAGUUCGCUGCUGCAGCCAGCAGUCUCUGGCUCACAGUGGGUGCAGCAGGAUCCUUUUCUACCGGGGGAAACGGCCUCCAGCUCCGUUUGCUCCCUCGGGAGCUUGGGAGAGGCCCCUUUGUCUGGUGCUCCUGCCGGUGUCCAUCUUCCCCCUGCCUCUUUGCCAGCGGCCCGCUUUAUUUCUGCUGGCUGGUGAUCGCUGCUAACGUCACUGGCUGGCUGCAGGUGUGUGAAGGCACAGCUAAUGAGCCGCGCGGGCUCCUCCCCGUGUUCCAGCUUCGCCACGGGUCCCGCUGCAGGUGAGCGUUCCCCUUUACUUUUGCUCUUUCCCCCCCUGUCCUUCUAAGGAUUCCUGUUCCCGGGGUUCCCCCCUUGCACUUUGGGGUCCUCCCUUUUGUUUUUCCCUGCGACAUAACCCCCCUCUUAAGUUGCCUUGGGGCGGUUUGUUCAGGGUUAUUGUUGUCCUACCUGUCCGUUCCUAUACUUCCAUCUGUUUUUGUCCUUCCAUGGCGUCUUGGGAUGUGUCAUCACAUCUAGACAAAAAAUCCGCCGUUAUGUUGUUUAUUCCCGGCUGGUGUACUAUUUGGAAUUUAAAGGGUUGGAGAGCCAGGGCCCACCUCAUAAUCUGGGUGUUGUCUGUUUUUGCUGUACUGAGCCAUCUUAGUGGGGCGUGGUCUGUUACCAAAGUGAACUCUCGACCCAUUAAAUAGUAUCUGAAGUACUCCGCCGCCCACUGUAUUGCCAAGCAUUCCCGUUCAAUCGUGGCGUACCUCGUCUCUGUGGGUAAGUUUUCGGCUCACAUAGGCCACCGGUCUUUCUAUUCCGCCAUCCUCUUGCAUCAGCACAGCCCCUAUAGCUGUCUCCAAUGCAUCUGUCUGUAACAUAAAAGAUUUUUUGAAGUCAGGGGCAUGUAUGACUACA